AAACACUCCCGGACAACGGGAUAUGAUAGACCCGUCUAUACAUUUGUUUGAAUGAUGUGAAACGAAGGGCAUCUCGAUACAUGAUACUCAUGUUCGCAGGAUUGAGGAAGAUGUCGAUGACGUCACCGCAUCAUAUCUUUUAUGCCAUAGAAGCAGCCAGGAUGACAUUCUUCCAGCAUUCAUAACGCAAUCGAUGAAUAAUGCACCGAACAUGGUAGUUGGGCAUGUGAGGAACCAACUAUGUUCGGCUAUACGAUACCAUAGGCGGCAGGAGUGGUAUGCGAAUGGAGACGCACUUUUCCGACGAGUUUCUGGACAAAGUGGGCUCUCUCUUUCUUGUCGUUGAACUAGAUCGCCACUAUGAGCAUCUCAACCUUGGGAUCGAUACUUGUUGACGUACCUAGAAUAGACUCGUUCUGGGAAUAGUGGACUCGUCCACCGUCAGCAUGACAUCAUCCUAGCGAUGAUCUGGAUAUCAAAAGUCGAUGGCAUAGAGCUUCCAAUCUUAUAUAGAAUUGCAACCGUGCCGUGUAUCUCAGUCCUCAUUAAUUUCUCGAACCACAGAAUCUAGGAAACUACACUUCUAUACGCCUCGAACCACCUCAAUUCUAUUUAACAAACCUUGCAAAACAAUACUUUCUAUAAUCAUGGAUCUUCAAGGAAAGCCCAUUGGCCAAGGGCCCCGCAGCACUAAGGUCACCACUGACCCCGAAGCCUCUCGCAACCCCAUCCAAGAAUCCUCUGGACCAGUUGCCGGUGACUCUCUUGCCGCCGAAUCUGCCACCAAGGGUGGCACCUAUUCUCAGAACCGUGGCGCUCAGCCACUCGGUGUUGCUGGCCAGCAGUCUACCUUGAACACCAAGGACACAUCUUCUGCCACCGAGCUGCCGUCUGCCCCAGUUGGCGCUGCUCGUGAGAACCUCGACAGACAGGAGAGGUACCCCGAAGCCCUCGGCGGCCAAGGGGACUACUCCGGCCCACAUUCCCAGUCUGGCUACGUUGGUGGCGCUACCGCUGCUAAGCAGCAACAGCAGGGAGCCCGUCAGCCUCAGCAGUCCAAUGCCUCUCAGAACCAGCAACGCGGUACUGCUAGUGCUAGCGGCAGUGGCUACCACAACCAAUCCAACACUGGCACCGCACCUUCAUAUGCUGAGGACGUAGUCGGUGACUUCAGCAGCAAGAAGCCCAAGGGCCAGAACUUGAAGGAGGGCGGUUUUGAUAAUAGCAACAACGCCAGCUUCACCACCCAAAUUGGCAGCGAGAACGAUCCCGGUCGUCUCGCCACGAAGGGCUUCCAGCACAAACAGACAGAAUCCGGACCUACCGGCACACCUGCCGGCAGAGAGCAGAAGGGUGUCGACAACCAGCACUGGUAUCAGCCUCUGCAGUCCGACCAGCGCGCUUAAUUGAAUAAUGACUUGAACAUGAUGGAUGGUAUGAAAAGCUUAUGAGCGGGGUAUCUUACGUGCUUUUUUCUUCAGCCUACACAAAUGGCCAUGCAUUAUAGAUAAUAUGAAUACAAAAAAAUUGUAU